UUUUUUAAUUCUCCCCCUGACUGAGAUCCCCAUGGAAGCGCUAGAAGGGCUCGUGCUGUGGGCUGACAGCUCUCCGUGGGAUGCUGCCUGCUCCCAGCCGGCACAGCACGAGGGGCAAUGCCGCCGGGAAUGAAGCGCUCUGCAUUCGCUGCAUCUGCCGGAGCCAGGGCUGGCCGGCUGCCUCCCCUCCAACCAGCUGUUCCCUGUAAUCACUGCGCUCCUAACUUUUGCUUUGCAAUGCUUGAUGGCCACUCGAUCCAAGCCAACCACCACGGGAUUUUAGGACCGUAGCCUUCAUUUUCCUAUCUCUAUACAGAACUGGGGAGCCAUGUAAAGACGUUUCUUUCGGAAGGAUUGCAACAUUUUUAGAGUUCUUGCAAACUGGACUGUCUGCGGUCCAGGACGAUUUCUUUUUCUGUCCCUACGGUGAAGCAAGGAGCAGUGUGUGUUCUGCAGCCCUCCUUGGCUGCGGGUGGCAGCGAAAAGUGAUCCCAGAGCAGUCGGGGUGAGAGCAAGGAGUGCCUCUGCAGUUAGUUGAAUGGUGUGAUAGCUAAUAGCAGACAUGCUUUGUGGACUGAAAAAGGAUUUGCAAUCAGACUUUGAUGAUGGCCCUUACUCGAAGGGGAGCAAGGACUCCGGCGGGAUGGACUCAGCCCUGGUCUCCAGGAGGCAAAGCAUCCCAGAGGAGUUCAGAGGGGUCACCAUUGUGGAGCUGAUCAAGAAGGAAGGAAGCACCCUUGGGUUGACCAUCUCGGGUGGCACGGACAAAGAUGGGAAACCAAGGGUCUCCAACCUGAGGCCAGGAGGACUGGCAGCGAGAAGUGACCAGCUGAAUGUUGGGGAUUACAUCAAGUCGGUGAAUGGCAUCAACUUGACCAAGCUGCGGCACGACGAGAUCAUAAGCCUGCUGAAAAACGUGGGUGAAAGGGUGGUGCUGGAAGUCGAGUAUGAACUUCCUCCAGCCGUGCCAGAAAGCAGUGCUGGCAUUAUUCCCAAGACCAUUGAGGUGUCCCUCUACAAGGAAGGCAACAGCUUUGGCUUUGUGCUCAGAGGGGGAGCCCAUGAAGACUGGCACAAGUCCAGACCGCUUGUCCUCACCUAUGUGAGGCCGGGUGGCCCAGCAGACAGAGAAGGGUCCUUGAAAAUCGGGGACAGGCUGCUGAGCGUUGAUGGGAUCCCUCUGCACAGUGUGACCCACGCUGACGCCCUCAACAUCCUGAGGCAGUGCAGCCAGGAGGCACUCUUCCAGAUCGAGUAUGAUGUGACCAUCAUGGACACUGUAACAAAUGCUUCAGGACCUCUACUAGUUGAAAUAGCAAAGACUCCAGGAUCCACGCUAGGAAUCACACUGACAACAAGCACGCAUCGGAACAAGCAGGUCAUUGUCAUUGAUAAGAUCAAGCCAGCCAGCGUGGUGGACAGAUGUGGAGCACUGCAUGUUGGUGACCAUAUUCUCUCCAUUGAUGGCACAAGCACAGAGCACUGCUCCUUACUAGAGGCAACUCAGCUUUUAGCUGCCACCUCAGAAAACGUCAAGCUGGAGAUAUUACCUGUUCACCAAAGCAGGAUGCCUUUGAAGCCCCCAGAAACAGUCAAGGUGCAGAAGAGUGACCACCACCACUGCUGGGACCCCUGUGUCAACUACUGUCACACCCACCACCCUGGGCACUGCAAGACACCCACUUGGAACCAGACGUCUGGACAGGACUAUUGCAAAUCUCUGGUGGCCGCCAACUUCUCAUCUCCCACCAUGAAUGCGCAGGGCUUCCCCUGCCAGAACUCGAACACGCUACCUCGCAGCUCCCACCCCAUGAGCCCCCGCACCACCAUGCUGAGGAGGAGGCAGAAGAAGAAGGAGCACAAGAGCUCAUUGUCGUUGGCCUCCAGCACGGUGGGUCCUGGUGGGCAGAUAGUCCACACGGAGACGACAGAGGUGGUGCUCAGGGGAGACCCUUUGAACGGCUUCGGACUUCAGCUCCAGGGAGGCAUCUUUGCUACUGAAACCCUGUCCUCCCCACCUCUCGUCCGUUUUAUUGAGCCUGACAGCCCGGCAGAGAGGUGUGGGCUGCUGCAAGUGGGAGACAGAGUCCUUUCUAUCAAUGGCAUUGCAACUGAGGACGGGACUAUGGAGGAAGCUAAUCAGCUUCUGCGGGAUGCUGCGCUGACGAACAAAGUGGUGCUCGAAAUUGAAUUUGAUGUUGCAGAGUCUGUCAUACCCAGCAGCGGCACUUUCCACGUUAAAUUGCCCAAGAAAAGAGGUGUAGAGCUUGGAAUUACAAUCAGCUCUGCGAGCAGAAAGCCUGGGGAGCCUUUGAUCAUCUCCGACAUCAAGAAGGGGAGUGUAGCACAUAGAACUGGCACCUUGGAGCCGGGAGACAAGCUGUUAGCCAUUGAUAACAUCCGACUCGACAAUUGCUCAAUGGAGGAUGCUGUGCAGAUUUUAAGGCAAUGUGAAGACCUGGUCAAAUUGAAGAUUAGGAAGGAUGAAGAUAACUCUGAUGAGCAGGAGACAACCGGUGCUAUAAUCUACACGGUGGAACUGAAGCGAUAUGGUGGCCCCUUGGGAAUAACCAUCUCUGGGACCGAGGAACCCUUUGAUCCCAUUGUCAUUUCGGGCCUGACAAAAAGAGGGCUGGCAGAAAGAACCGGAGCCAUCCACAUCGGUGACCGAAUACUUGCAAUCAAUAACGUGAGCCUCAAGGGCAAGCCACUGAGUGAAGCAAUCCACCUGCUGCAGAUGGCAGGGGAGACAGUAACGCUGAAGAUCAAGAAACAGAUGGAGAAAUCCUAUCCCAAGAAGUCUGGGAGUAUAAAUGAAGUGAGUGACCCCGAAGACGAACUGACGGACUCCCAGAAAACAAGCAAGCUGUCUGAGAUGUACUCUACCACUAUUCCUAGUGUAGACAGUGCUAUGGAGUCCUGGGAUGGCUCCGGCAUUGAUGCUGGGUAUGGAAGCCAAGGUACGUACAUACCUCAGGCUGCAGGCAUUGCCCUUCAUCCGCAUGAAUGGAGACACAGCAGGCAAAAGAGCAGCACCCCUCCUGCGGACCCCAGGAAAAGCUACCCCUUCAUGGAUGGGAGCUUCAGUGAAGAUGACUGGGACAAGCCCAGCAGAUACCCCAACCGCCAAAAUGGCCUUGAGACCACUCACGAGGAUAGUUUUUGGCGUGUUUUUGGAGAAGCUUUGGAGGAUUUGGAAACAUGCGGCCAGUCUGAACUUUUGAGGGAGAUUGAGGCAUCCAUCAUGACGGGGAGCGUGCACAACCUGGGCCUGGAGGGCAGCAAGCUGCUCCUGGACUCUGUCAACCCAUCGGGGCUGAGCCCAUUGAGGAAGGCAAACUCCGGCUGUGACAACGGACAGACUGAGAGCAGCAGCUCCCCUGCCAAGAAGAAUGAGAGGAACCUGGACAUGAAGAAGAUGGAGAAGGAGAUGCAGGAGAUCAUGUCCCCUACCCCCCUCGAGUUUCACAAGAUGACACUUCACAAAGACCCAGAGAGUGAAGACUUUGGAUUCAGUGUGUCGGAUGGCCUGCUAGAAAAAGGUGUCUAUGUAAAUAUGGUCCGUCCGGAUGGACCAGCAGAUCAGUGUGGCCUCAAGCCAUAUGACAGAGUGCUUCAGGUAAAUCGCGUCCGAACGAGAGACUUUGACUGCUGUCUGACUGUCCCCUUGAUCUCAGAGGCUGGAGACAAGCUGGACCUGGUGAUCAGCCGAAACCCUUUGGCUGCCAACGCUCCUCCAGAGGGGAACGGGGAGCUGCUGGCACAGGCAGCCCGCACCGAGGUCAAGGCGAGCGUCCAGACACUGUGAGCAGCCGCAGCGGAUGAUGCCUGGGGCCUCUGCUGAGCCAUUGUGGUAUUUGGGGUGUUCUUCCUGUUUUUUUGCACUGGUUUUUGUAAAUGCUGUGUGUAUCAUCAGAUCCAAGGGGGGAGGUGGGUCUUCAGUGAGCUGUCACCUGUAGGCCACCCAAUGCUGCUGGGAAGGUUGAAGCUGGAUGUGCAUUUCUGGGGCUGGGGUGAGCUGUAGCAUCCCCAGUGCAUUGUAGUGCACUGGGUCCCACCCCAGCACCUCCUCGCUCUUCAGGCCUUGGCCAUCCUACAAACACACAUGGUGCUAUUUUUAUCCUUGUUUGCUCUGUUUAUCACAUACAGCAAGAUUGAAAUGCCAUUCUUUUUCUAUUGUACCCGGCUCCACCCUCCAAACACUCCCAAUACUUUGAUUCCUGCAGUCCCUUUCUCUCCUGCUGUCAGGCUAUGGAGGGCCCUGUUUAAAGGCAAUUCAAAAUGCACUUGAUGGUGUCUAGGUGCAGUUCUUGUUCAGAAAUUUAUGUUUGCAGCUGCCUCAAGCUAGCCCCUUCCACGCUGCCCCAGCAAGGCUGGUUCAGCCCAGUGCCCACUGCCCAGGGCACCUCGUCUCACCAUCAGCAGUGCAGUUGUCUGUGCCACACAGCGGCUAUUACAGAGCAGAAGGCUGUGCCCAAGGCUGAAGACCCUAAAUGCCUGCUCAAAUCCCUAGCUAGUGCUUUUCUGAUGGAUGUUAUGGAGUUAAUGCAAGUAAAAAGCAGAAGUGUUGUUAUCCAGGGCGGUUGAUGUUUUGAAUUAAUAGAACCUUCUUGUCCCCCGCCAGGCAGAGACGUGAGAAGUCCCUCAGUUGAUGGAGAUUGUGCAUCCCCCGCCCCCACCUGCAUUAGCAGUGCCUAGGUGGCUUUGCUUUGUUAACCCCAUUGCCUGUUGCUGGCCUUCCCAUGGCCUCCAAGCAUGGCGCCCCUGCUUGUCCCCCCUGCCCCUGUGUGCCCCCAGGCCAUGGGGAGGAGGCAGCUGAGGCAUUUGCAUCAGCUUCCCCAUCUGCAGGAGACACAGUCAAAAUCUGGCUGUGGGCUCCUCCUCCUCUCUUUGUCCUGAGUUCCUCCUGUGGCAGAUGUGAGCUGCGCUCUGUGUGUUCCACGUCUUAGCACUUUACGAUGAUGUUAGCAUCCUGGCACCCUAGCAUUGCUUUGCCCAUGAAGGCUCAGGUGUGGUGGGAUGGUAGAGGUGAGGAACUUGCAGGGUUGUGGGCUGCAGCCCUGGUGACCACUGCCCCCAUUCCCCCACUUCCUCCAUCACCACCCCAUACCAGUGCUGUGGUCGGGUGCCAUAGAGCUGUAUGCAGCAUGUUCCUCAUUUUGCUGAGCCAGGACUCACUCUUGCAUCCAUCCCCACUUUGCAGCUCUGUCCCUCCACGACAGCCCAGCGUAUUGGGGUGUUUCUUUGAGGCAUGUCCAGCUACUUGUCAGUGUAACCAUUUUCUCUUCAAGUAUGCAAUAUCCCAUACCAUUGCUGCCACAACUAGAUAAUGUGCCAUAAUUGAUACUGUGGAGCAUUGACAGUGCAGCCGAAAGUGUUUUUAUAUGCAAUAUUCUGAACAGCGGAAGCUCGCUGGGGCUUCUCACAGGUUUUUAAUGAAGACUUUUAUUAAAGGCUUUAAAACAAAAAGGAAGAAAAACUUGGUCCUUGUAUCCCUUCCUAUGCAUUUUGAAUGAUAUGAAGAUGAAAUGCAUUACUUAAAUGUGUAUUUUUAUCCAUAUAUUAGAGUGUAUUCCUUGUAAAGUAUUUUUAUAUGCUGAUUUUCUUAUGUAUCUAUGAAAGCACAAUAUUUAAAAGUACAGCAUUUCAAAGAAUAUUUUAGUCCUGUUUUGGACCUAUUUGUAAAUCUCUGUAUUUAAAUGGCAUUGCAAUGACUUUGACUUUUUUUUUUUAAUUAAAUAA